UAGUUAACUUCAAAUUGAAAAGUAUUAAAGUAGCUAUAUAAGAUAAUUAAUUGAAAUGGACGAUAAAAAUUAUCCACCACCAGCUGGUGGUAUUCCAGCUACAUAUUCACAACCAGCUUAUCCUCCAAAUACAACUGGAAUUCCAGCUACAUACUCUCAACCACCACCAAAUUAUGCAAAUCAAGGUGUAUCAGCAACCGUUACAAUUCAACCAACAUAUGUGAAUACACCAGGAGUAGGGCCAGGACCAUCUCAAGUAACAUGUUCGUCAUGUCGUGCAACUAUUAUUACUCAAGUUGAAUAUGAAGCUUCAACAAAAACACAUUUAUUUGCUUUAUUACUUUGUCUUUUUGGAUUAUGGCCUUGCGUUUGUCUACCAUAUUGCAUGGAUUCAUGUCAAAGUGGAAGACAUUAUUGCCCAAAUUGUCGAGCCUAUUUGGGAACUUAUAAUUUAUAGAAUGAUAGGUUAAGAUUUGGUAAUAUCGUUCAAAUUGCAAUGUA